AGGGGCGUGCUGGGCGUGGCGCUCGGGCGGCGCGGGCGAUUUGUCCGUCAUGGCGGGCGCCUGGUCGCCCGAGUGCUCCCGGGGCAGAUGGGGCGACUCGUCGUUGUUAGGAAGGCGGCUGUCGGAAGACUCGAGCCGCCAGCAGCUGCUGGAGAAGUGGGCGAGCGUGUGGAGCUCGGCGGGCGAGGUCAGCGCGGAGAAGGCGCCACGCGAGGAGGAGAAUCCGCUCGUGUUCCUGUGCUCGCGCUGCCGGCGGCCGCUCGGCGACUCGCUCAGCUGGGUCACCUGCCUGGAGGACACCAACUGCAUUCUGUUACGCUCUGUUUCCUGUAAUGUGUCGGUGGAUAAAGAACAGAAGCUCUCCAAACGUAAAGAUGAGGACGGUUGCGUGCUCGAGACGUUGUACUGCGCCGGCUGCUUGCUCACCCUGGGCUACGUGUACAGGUGCACCCCCAAGAGCCUCGACUACAAGAGGGACCUGUUCUGCCUCAGCGUGGAGGCCAUCGAAAGCUAUGUUCUAGGGUCCUCUGAGAAGCGGAUAGUGCCGGACGACAAAGAGCUGUUGAAUCUGGAGAGCAGAGUGGAAAUCGAAAAGUCUCUCCAACAGAUGGAAGAGGUCUUGAAAGCCCUGCAGACAAAGCUCUGGGAGAUGGAGUCCAAGUUCUUCCCCAGCAGCAAGAGCUGACCCUGCGG